AUGAAAGUUCCUCAUGUAAUAUUCCUUUACCAAAGCCAAAUAGCUGAAUUGAUAAGACAAUCGGUAAUUAUAAUAUGGGACGAAAUAUCAAUGACUCAUAAACAUAUAUUCGAGGCCGUGGAUAGGUCAUUUCAGGAUAUAAUGAAAUUAGACAAACCGUUUGGUGGUAAAAUUAUUAUUUUUGGCGGAGAUUUUAGACAGAUUUUACCUGUUAUUAAACGUGGUGGAAGAUGCGACAUUGUUAACUCAACCUUAAAACGAUCCUAUUUAUGGUCACAUAUAGUGCCAUUAAGGUUAUGUAUUAAUAUGAGACUUCUACAAUUUCAGGAAGCAAAUGAUUAUCUUAUUAAUAAUAAAUACUCACAAUUUCUUUUAAGAGUUGGUGAAGGCUGUGAAACAUUCGAUGGCUCCAGGGAUAAAAUAAAAAUUCCUCAAGAUUGUUGUAUAGCUUCCAAUGAUAUCGAGGAUCUUAUUGCUUUUGUUUACGAUAUAGACAAAGACAAUUCAUCAUUUAACCGAACAUCCUUUGCUCAAAAUGCAAUCCUGACCCCUAAAAACGUAGAUGUCGAUUCUAUAAAUAUUAAAUUGAUUAACAAAAUUCCGGGAGAUUUAAUUACAUACAUAAGUGCUGAUGAAACCAUAACCGAGGAUGAAGCGACGUUUUAUCCCACUGAAUUUUUAAACUCUUUAAGUAUAUCAGGAUUACCACCUCACAAACCUUUACUCAAAGUAGGGGUACCUAUAAUAUUAAUGAACUUAAAUUCUGCUUCUGGUUUGAAUAAUGGGACUAAAUUGAUUAUAACUUCUUUGCUACCAAAUAUAAUUGAGGCGGAAUUUGUUUCUGGUAGUUUUCUCAGUACUAAAGUUCUCAUUCCUAGAAUAAGUUUAAUCCCUACAGAUUCUGGCUUGCCAUUUUCCUUUAAGCGCCGCCAAUUUCCCGUGAGACCUGCUUUUGUCAUGACAAUUAAUAAAGCUCAGGGACAAACCUAUAUGUGGCUAUGUCUCGAGUUUGUUCUCCUCAUAAAUUAA